GUGUAUUACGGAAUUGUACGCGCUCCAAAGGGUGCGAGUAGGUCAGUAUAUUCUUCUCUGCAGAGAAACCGUUCGUGUUUCUGAAUCGUAGUAUGCGCAUUACUAGGAUCCCCCAAGUCGCAACAGAAGAAGAAGAUCGAAUCAAACUCUCUCUUCUUCGCUUCAAAUAUUCAAAUAUUGGUUGACACCUUUAAACCGUUCAUCCUUCCUCACUAUAUCACUCUAAAUUUCGAUUCUUUCUACUAUUUUAUUGAUAUAUAAAAUCUUCGAAACCAAAUUGAUUUUGCUGCAAUUGGUGCUUACCACCUCCUUCUCCCUUUCCCCAAACCCUUUUCUGCAAGAACGUCUCAGACCUGGGAAUCACCGCUUCCAAGAACCCAGAUGGAGAAGGAACCUCUACUUCCGUAUUUGAGCCCGAGGAAAAGAAACCCACCUCCGCCACCGCUUCUACACCCUCUUCCCGAGGACGGUGAAAUUUCUCUUCCUCUUCCUCUAACCCCGUCGGAACUCAAGGACCGACUCAUAUUUGGCCCUUCGUCUUCCUCUCCCAGAGAUGCUUCUCCUAUUGUUGAUGCCUUGAAUUUGUCUCUUAAUUCCUCUAGACCCUCCUCUUCUUCUUUUCUUCACGAACCUCCCGUUCAAGAGACGAUAUCACCGUCGCUACAGCAAUCUUGGCUUAUCGAUCCUAAUUUCAUAUGCAAAAAGACCAAUCUGCACAGGUCCAAAACAGCUCCUGCUAUGUCGACGAUCAAUGAACUUAAUCACCCUGUUAAUACCAAGCCUGAGUUGGGAUCACAAUCCAUUAUUCGCCAAGCGGUUGUUCUCUUAUUGUUAUACUUGUCGUUGGGUGUUCUGAUAUAUUCGUUCAACCGCCAUAAGUUCUCUGUGAGUGAAACUCAUCCAGUUGUUGAUGCGUUGUAUUUUUGCAUUGUGACAAUGUGCACAAUUGGUUAUGGUGAUAUCACCCCUAACAGCACGUCCACCAAGUUGUUUUCCAUAAUGUUUGUUUUGGUGGGUUUUGGUUUUGUUGAUAUUCUGCUUACUGGGAUGGUUGGUUAUGUGCUUGAUUUGCAAGAAAAUUAUUUGCUGCAACACGUGAAACGUGAGGGUGAAAAGGAAUCUGCAGGUUCUUAUAUAAUUGAUGUGAAGAAAGGAAGGAUGAGAAUAAGAAUGAAGGUGGCAUUGGCAUUGGGAGUCGUGGUUCUUUGUAUUGGGAUAGGAGUAGGUGUGAUGCAUUUUGUAGAGAAACUUGAAUGGUUAGAUGCAUUUUACCUUUCAGUUAUGUCAGUCACAACCGUAGGUUAUGGAGACAGGGCAUUCAGGUCACUUCCGGGUCGCAUUUUUGCUUCCAUUUGGUUGCUUGUAUCCACUCUUGCAGUUGCUCGAGCAUUUUUAUAUUUGGCUGAAGCAAGAGUUGAUAGGAGGCAGAGGAGGAUGGCGAAAUGGGUGCUUGGUCAUGAUAUGACUGUCUCUGAGUUUCUUGCCGCAGAUAUUGACAACAAUGGGUUUGUGAGCAAAUCUGAAUAUGUCAUAUACAAACUUAAGGAAAUGGGAAAGGUGACGGAGAAAGACAUUCUGCUGAUUUGCAAACAAUUUGAUCGGCUAGACACUGGCAAUUGUGGGAAGAUAACUCUUGUGGAUCUCAUGGAGAGUCAUCAAUGAAAAAAAAAAGCAUUGUGGGGGGUUUCAUCUAUGUAAAAUGUAACUCCUGAAACUUUUCAACUGGAGACAAGUCACUAAAUCAAGGGCUGGAUUGUAGUUUGGCCACAGGGAUGAAUUGAUGAAUGCUGGUAUGGUAUAAACUCAAUUCCUUAUCCGCUGGUACCUUUGGCUUAUGCAAUCCCUCCACCCUCUCUCGUGUUGAGAUAUGGGGUAAUGCAUCAGUCUCUCCUUAUUCUGUUUCCCAGCCAAUUGUGGAAGCCAAUCAACUUUGAAGCUGUUAUAUUUUCUUGAUAUAAAUCAGCUCUCACAAAGAUAUCGAUGGUAUUAGCCCACAUCAAAUGCUGGAAUAUGAACAGACAAAACGUAAGUUGAUCCGGCAGGUAGAACAAGUUGUAUGGACAAUUUUGUUGAUGGUUAAAUUUAUUUUUUUGGUAGAGUAUCUAUAUAAAAGUGAGGGGUUCAGUGAUGGAAGUUGAUCUCUCUUUUUACUAAGCACAUCUUGUUUUCAGAUCUAUUUGACAGUUUUAUGCAAGGUCCUUUUUGUUUGA